CUCCCUUACACACUCACUCUUUUCACUUCCUUAUUUUCUGACUCUGUCGGAUUCAAUCUCUCUCUCUCUCUCUCUCAACUUGCUUCCUAUAAAUUAUUCAUAUAGAUGGAUAUCGAUUUAUAUAUGUAAACCAUGUGGAUUCCAUCCCAAGCUCCACAUCCAUCUCUCUGAUUAAUUACACCCCCCACCGAAAAAAAUAAAUAAAUAAAUAAAAGAAAAAAAAGAAAAAGGACCAAUCUCUCUGAUUCUCUGCACCCUUUGCAUAUACAUACAAUAGUAAUACGACAAGCAUUAAUCUAUAUGUACAAAACCAACUGAAGACUUCAUGUUUCUUCCACUUAUAACGCUCUGAAAGUGGUUGUUACUUUUAGUUUGAUCGAGCUCCAAUUCUAGUCAUUUUCUUGUCAAUUAUCCUUGAAUUAUUUGCAGUGAAGUGGGAUGGAAAAGUACGAGCUUGUCAAGGAUUUGGGAGCUGGGAAUUUCGGGGUGGCGAGGCUUUUGAGACACAAGGAGACCAAGGAGCUUGUCGCCAUGAAAUACAUCGAGCGUGGCCACAAGAUUGAUGAGAAUGUGGCCAGAGAGAUUAUGAACCACAGAUCGCUUCGUCAUCCCAAUAUCAUCCGGUUCAAGGAGGUGGUUUUGACUCCCACGCAUCUGGCAAUAGUAAUGGAGUAUGCGGCAGGUGGAGAACUGUUUGAACGAAUCUGCAAUGCCGGUAGAUUUAGUGAAGAUGAGGCUCGAUAUUUCUUUCAACAGCUGAUUUCAGGUGUCAACUAUUGCCAUAACAUGCAAAUAUGCCAUAGAGAUUUGAAACUGGAAAACACCCUUCUAGAUGGAAGCCCUGCGCCACGCCUGAAAAUUUGUGAUUUUGGUUACUCUAAGUCAUCCUUGCUGCAUUCAAGACCAAAGUCUACAGUUGGUACUCCAGCAUAUAUUGCACCAGAGGUCCUGUCUCGGCGCGAGUAUGAUGGCAAGUUGGCUGAUGUUUGGUCAUGUGGAGUGACCCUUUAUGUUAUGCUGGUUGGAGCUUACCCUUUUGAAGACCAAGAUGAUCCUAAAAAUUUUAGGAAAACAAUUCAGCGUAUAAUGGCUGUCCAAUACAAAAUCCCUGACUAUGUUCACAUAUCUCAAGAUUGUAGACACCUACUUUCUCGUAUAUUCGUUGCAAAUCCUUUCAGAAGGAUUUCCAUUAAAGAAAUUAAGAACCAUCCAUGGUUUCUAAAGAAUCUGCCAAGGGAGCUAACAGAGUCAGCUCAAGGCAUCUAUUAUCAGAGGGACAACCCAAGCUUUUCUUCUCUCCAGAGUGUGGAUGAGAUAAUGAAAAUAGUAGGGGAGGCUAGAAACCCGCCUCCAGCAUCUAGGCCUGUUAGGGGAUUUGGCUGGGGGACAGAAGAAGAAGAGGAUGGCGACGUAGAUGAAGAGGUUGAAGAAGAAGAAGAUGAAGAGGAUGAGUAUGAAAAGAGGGUGAGGGAGGUUCAUGCAAGUGGAGAAUUCCAAAUUAGUUAAUCAGAUGAUCCUUGUUCUAGUUAUUAGGUAAUUACAAUUUUAGUUUUAUUAAUGCUAAUUAUAUAAUCUAUUUGUGUUUAUGAUGGCAAUAAUUGGAUAAGGUGUGAGAGUAUAUGCUGUAAUUUGUACUGGUCAAUUUUCAUGUAAUUUACUAUUUGUCUCACUAUGAACUCUAUGUAUGUGAACAAAUAGUCAUCUUCAUCUAAAACUAUAUUCAUGUGUUUGAAGUUAUUUUC